AUUCUGUGCAACAUGCUGCUAGAUUUAGGGACAAUUUAUACCAGAAAUACUGUAAAUAAUAAUAAACAUAGUCACAUAUUUCAUGUUUAUUGUAAAUAAUAAUAAUCAUAUUUUCAGCUUCCGAAUUUCUAUUUUUCGUCAUAGCGGAUUUAUUUUAAAUUAUGUAUCUAUACUACUAUUUUGCACUGUUUUGAUACUCAGUUUGGAUAUAAUGUGCUGUUUAACUAUUGAUACAACAUCUGAAGAAGGGCCCAACAUUCCAAAAUAUGUACGAAUUAAAAUUAGAGAAGAAUCACCCUCAGGAACUGUUAUCUUAAACAUUCGAGAAUUUUUAAACUCUGGUACUCUGUCUGCUCAUGAUACUGACGAGAACGGUAAUCAUAAUCAGAAAAAACGACUAUCGAUUGUAAUGUCAAGUUUAAAUGUAGUCUAUGAAGUGGCCUCAGUAAAUCGUUUAUUCCGAUUAAAUAAAGAAACAGAAAGUAUCAUUACAAAUAUGAUUAUUGAUAGGGAUACAUUGUGCAGUAAAGAUCGGUUGUGUUGUUCUAAUCCAUUAAUGAAAAACAAUAAUGGUUAUUUUGAUACCACAAGUCGAAUAUCUCCUUCAAGUCAAAUGUAUAAAUCUUACUAUAGUAAAACAGCUGAUUUAUGCUUGAUCCAGUUUCGUGUGAUAUUCUCCAUGUUGUAUGAUAAUGACAUGGAUGAAAAUCCCGACAAAGAUACUAACAGAAAUGAUCAGGCGAAAAGUACUAGAGAAGAAAUGGGAUAUAUAACAGUAGAUGUUGAAUUAAUCGACAUUAAUGACAACUCACCACAAUUUAUUCUACCCUCUGGAACCAGCACAGAUCAGAUGCCGAAGACAGUGAUACUUUUAUACAAUCCAGUGCCUGUAGUUGAGAUAUCCGUUGAAGAAUCAACAAGUCUUCAUUCUUGUAUACUCCUUCCUAAAGCAUUUGAUCCAGAUUCAUCAACUUAUGAUGUAAGCGAAUAUCGGCUGGAAUCAUUAUCUCCAUCAGAUAUUGUAACUUUAAAGCAUAAACUUUCUUAUUCUAAUCUUAUUGGAGUAGAUAAAUAUGAACUUCCAUUUACUUUAGAGCAAAAAGGUUGUAUCACUCCAUUCCCAAUGCCUUAUAAUGAAGUCAAUAUGAAUACUGCAUUCCAGGAGACAGAAGAGACUUUGGAAAUUCAGUCAAGCAAUGAACAAUUAAUUCCAUCCUUAAAAGUGACUGGUUAUCUUGACCGUGAAGUAAAUGAAUACUUUUGGAUCAAACUGUUAGCAGUCGAUGGGAUCAGAUAUUUUCAUUCUGAUGUUUCUAACGGUCAAGAUUUAGUUAAUAAUAAUAAUUCUUUCUCUAAUGGUAAAAACAUACUUCAAACUCCUAAACAUACUGGCACCAUCUUAAUACGUAUUCAUAUUCUCGAUGUUAAUGACAAUACUCCGGUUGUGCCGAGAACAUUAAAUCUAGAAGUUUCAGAGGAUGCUAAGAUAGGCACAUUGCUUGGCAGAAUCAAUGGGUCAGAUCCUGAUUUUGGUGAUAACGGUCGACUGCAUUAUCGCUUGAUGAUUGAUUCAACAGUAAUUUCAAGCUUCCCAUUUGCUGUUGAUUCGCAAACAGGCAUUAUCACAGUGAACAGACCCUUAGAUGCUGAUAGACUACCUCCAUCAGACAAACAUAUGCGGUUCAAAAUAAUGACUAGUGAUUUUGGUAAACCGAAAUCACAUUCCGCCUAUACAGCAAUUGAUGUACGUAUAAAUGAUAUUAAUGAUGAAUCACCACAGAUUAAAGUGAUUGAUUUAGAAAGUCGUAGCAACCCACCGUAUCCAACAUUAAUGGAGAACAGACCACCUGGCCAGUUAGUAGCAUUCGUCACAGCUACAGAUGCGGAUUCUGGUUUCAACGGUGCUCUUUCAUGUCGUAUAAAUAAUCCGAAAUUUAAACUUGAACAAAUAAGUACAAUAAAGAGUCAUUCGGAUGAUCAUUUAAAUGGUAAAACAAAUUUGUAUAAUUUUGAUAUGUUAAACAGUCAGUCAUCAAAACAAUAUUUAAACAUUCUGGAAUUUAAAAUGGUUACUUCAGUGGAACUUGAUCGUGAGGCAAGUGCUAUUGAAGUCGUAGAAAUUAUAUGUAUUGACCAACCAUUGAAUAGUGCAACAGUGCGGACGGGUACCACGCAAUUUUUUGUUACAGUAUUGGAUGAAAAUGACAAUCCGCCUACAUUUAACACAAAUAAAUUUCAACUAGACAUCUUGGAAAAUACUCCACCUGAUGAAAUUAUAUUCGCAUUCAACGCUACAGAUCCAGAUUAUCAAAAUUAUUUAAGUGGUGGUUACCCCUAUAGAAUAAAUGAUCCCAGUUUUCAUUCUCAUAAUCAACACCAAAAUAUCCAAAUUACUCAAUCCGUGGAGAAAAUUAAAUACUCUAUUGAUUCUCAGGGUCAACAGUAUUUUCGUGUGGAUGCAGAUACUGGUAUAUUAUAUAAUAAGGUGAUAAUUGAUCGAAAAACGAUAAAUGAAAUUCGGUUUAAUGUAACAGCUACGGAUAAUGGUCGGCCUCCAAAAAAUGUUACAGCUGAAGUGUUUAUCAAUAUUAUAGAUCAGAAUGAUCAUGCACCACAAUUCGAGAAACAAAUAUUCUAUUUUAAUUUAUCAGAAGACUUUCCUGUGAAUUCUAUUGCAGCCACACUGAUUGCACAUGAUGAUGAUAUUGGCGAAAAUGCUGAAAUCACAUAUAAGAUUGAUGAUUUACAAGGUAAUGCAAUGAAAACAUUUAAACUUGACAGAAAUAAUGGAACAUUAUGGUUACGUACGCCAUUGGAUCGGGAAAAACUCGAUAACUAUGCUUUUAAAGUGGUGGCAACUGAUAAUGGAAUUCCCAAGCAUAGCUCAUCAUGUCAAGUUCAUAUUAAAGUUCAUGACGUCAAUGAUAAUGCACCUAAAUUUGUUUAUCCUACUCAUAGUAAUCACACAGUUUAUGCAUCAGUAUUCACUAAUCCUGGAGUUCCAUUAGUCAAGCUGACAGCAACAGAUGCAGAUGAAGGUAUCAAUUCACAGUUAACUUUCUAUCUUCUUGAGGAAUCAAAUGAGAAGCAAAUUUUCAUGGUUGAUCCUAAUUCAGGAGAACUAAGUUUGCUGCCGGUAUCUGAUCCCUAUUCGAUUGAAGGACGUCAUGAACUAAAGUUUGAGGUACGUGAUUCUGGUACACCAAGUCUUUCAGGCUACGCAAAUAUUAAUAUCAUAUUAGACCAUAAUUCACCACCACUGGCAUCAUUCAACAAUGGAAAAUAUCAGUAUUCAAAUAUGGAAUUAUUACAAUCACGAAAUGCUUAUCGUUCACCGAUGCAUAAAACUGAUGACGAAUCAAUCAUCUACGCCUCCGUAAAGAAAGAGAAUGAUGCUAGUCAACUGAGACAAGAUAUUAGCAAUAAACAUGGCUCUGAUUCCAUCUACGCUCAGCCAAUCGCAUCUAGUUCACUCAGUACAAAUGACAAUAUACGCAGAAAAGAAAAAAUUUCUGCAAUAUCAAAUCAAAAGGCAUCAACACAAUUCAAUUUAGAAAAAAUAUGGAUCAUUAUUAUUUGUUUAAUUGCAAUAUCAACUUUGGUGGCAUUCGCUUUUCUUGUUGCUAUAACAUUGACUCGACAAAAGAUGGCAACAUAUGAAAUUAGACAACCAUCAAAUCAUUUAAAUGAAACAAUGAAUUUAUACAGUACAGAUCAGUGUGGUAGUAGCCAGUUGUCUAUGAACACUCAUCGUAUCUCUAAUAUGAAUAAUACUUAUUCACCAACUAAAUAUCGAACACUUGAAAAAGUGGAUCAUCUCAGCGGGAACAGCAACAGCAACAACAAUAACAAUAACAGUCAAAAUCUGUACUCAGCAUUUAUCAAGUAUGAUACAAAUGCUGAUUCAAAUAUGGGAUCACCUCAUCAGCUUAGAUUCUGUCCUAAGGAUCUUACUACAUUUAACAUGGAUAUGGAAACAAAACCUGUAUACAAUUACAAUAUGCCAGUAACGAUUAAUUCUCUUCAAUUCAAAAAGAAAUUCCUUCCAGGUGAAAAUCGUAAUAACCUAAUAAAUGCCUCUUCAGAAAAGUGUGUUCCAUUAAUGCAAGUUCAAUUCUCAGCACCUGCAAGUCCAAAUGAAUAUUUCACUCAAAGAUACAAGACUAUUGAUCAAAGGCAAAUGAAUAUCCCCUGUCAGAAAUACGAAACUUUACAACCACAUAAAUGUGAUCUUGAUAAAUCUAAUCACAAGAUACCUAUCAAUCAUAACACACCAGACAGUCUAUUGAAAUUAAAUGACAUUGAGUCAUCUCCAUUAAAAGUAAUGGAAAAUAAUUACCAAACUUUGAAACAUUCAAGAGAUAAAUCGACAGGAAUUCUAAAAGGUCGUGUCAUUGAAACUAAUGAAACUGCUAACAAUAACAAGAAAGAUGAAAGUUUCCCCAGGAAUAACAAUGAUGCGGAUGCUGCAUUACAUGAAUCAUGUUCCUCAGACUCCCAACGAUGCGAUGUUCAUUUAAACAAAAUAAAUGGUAUUACUUCUAAUAAAGAAGAAUUACAAAUUCAAAUGAACAACUUAAUAACAAAUUCAACAAAUAAAUCGGAUCACAUACUGACAAAAGUGAUUUAUGAUCCAAAUGAACACAAUCAUCUCUGUCAGCAACAACAACAACACCAGCAAGCACAUUCGAUGAACAGAUCUCAAACAGAACACAAUUUAUUAGUUAUCAACUCAAAGUAUUCACCGUCUAAUGAUAUUGUAACUUCACUUGCUUCACAUGUUUCCACUUUUAUUUAAGAUUAUAUAUUUAUAUAUUUUAUUAUGAUUACUGUUAAUAUUGGCACAAAUAAUAGUUUUGUAUGCUUGCUUUGUACUAUGAAAUGACCAGCAGAGUGUAAACACGUUCUUUUAUAGCACUUCUUCUUCUACUACUUUUUACUUUUCCAUAAUUAAAGCUUUCUUUUCAGCAAACGAAAACUUAAUGGAGUUUUUAAUGGUACUGAAAGUGCUCUGCACAUAUAGACAUUUUAAGGUAAUUUAGUUUCACCUACAAUCCAAGGAAAUAUACAUAUAUAUAUAUAUAUAUACAGACGUUUUGCUGAAUUUUUUCUUGUGCUUUUUUCUUUCUUCUUAUCUUUUCGUGAUAUCAUUAGUCUUGAAUUAUUGUAUCCUUCUUUCAAGACUGUAUGCGUUAUACAGGAUAAUUUUCAUUGAUGAUAAUAAUAAUAAUAAACGAGAUUAAAGGA